AUGUCAUUAGUUUGUUUUGGUGAUGCACAUCUAUCUCUUUAAUAGGAAAGUGAAAGUCUGGUUUUUCUUAAAAUAAACAUUACGUCCUCUAAAUGGGACGAAUGGCUCUAUAAAGUGUUGUUACUGGUGGGCGUGGCUUCAGUUCCAGAACUGUGAAACAGCCGGCUGCUUGUCAAUAAUUUUAAUUUUAUUAUGUCGGAAGUAAAUAAGGAUGGGGCGGAGGCCUCGAAGAAAUUAGGUGGAAUGAAUAUUCUUGGUGUAUUAUAUGGUUUCGUGAAGAAACUCGGAACUGUUGCCGCUGUUUACAUGCUGGGAUAUUAUAAUUUGAGCGUGGCAUGGUUAAUAACUCCCGUCAUUUUUGCUGUUGUGCGGGAAGAAUGGAAGAAAGAAAGUGAAUCCAAAAGAAAUAUCGCUAAAGCAGCUGCCUUGUCCAACGAGAAAGAUGUAAUAUUAGCUCGAAUUGAUGAUCUGCCGGCAUGGGUAUUUUUCCCAGACGUAGAGAGAGUGGAAUGGGUUAACAGGAUUUUACGCCAAGUUUGGCCAAACAUGAACAAUUGGACCAAAGGACUCUUGAAGGAAUCCAUCGAGCCUAAUGUUCGCACCAGUUUGGAAUCUUACAAAAUGUACGGAUUCCGAUUCGAUAAGAUGAUUCUCGGCAGUAUCCCGUUGAGAAUAGGUGGUGUCAAAGUUUAUGACCGCAACAUCGACAGGAAUGAAGUAAUAAUGGAUAUGGAUUUAUUCUAUGCAGGUGAUUGUGAUAUAUCAUUCUUUCUGAGUGGGGUGCGAGGAGGCAUCAAAGAUUUCCAGAUCCACGGCAUGAUGCGGGUGGUGAUGAAGCCACUCAUCAGCAGCAUGCCCCUGUUCGGCGGCCUGCAGCUGUUCUUCCUCAACAACCCCGUCAUCGACUUCAACCUGGUCGGUGUGGCGGACCUGCUCGACAUGCCCGGUCUGAGUGACCUGCUGCGUAGAGUUGUCGUGGAGCAGAUAGCCAACAUGAUGGUGCUUCCCAACAAGUUGCCAAUCAAGCUGAGCGAUCUGGUCCCAGCACGGCUGCUCAAGAUUCCAGAGCCAGAGGGCGUGCUGCGCGUGCACGUGGUGGAGGCGAAGCACCUCAUGAAGAAGGACAUCAGCAUGCUGGGCAAGGGCAAGUCGGACCCCUACGCCGUGGUGAGCCUCGGGGCGCAGGAGUUCCGCACCCCCAUCAUCGACAACAACGUCAACCCCAAGUGGGACUUCUGGUGCGAGGCGAUGGUUUCGUCCCUUAAUCAACAGCUUGUGUCGUUGGAAGUCUGGGACUGGGAUCCAGGGUUCCCAGGAGUCCAAAACGACGACUUCCUCGGAAGGACUACGUUUGAUGUCAGCAAUGUAAAAAAGAAAGGACAAGUAGAUUUGUGGGUUGACCUGCAAGAGGCCAAGCAUGGAAUGCUACAUGUUCGAAUGAUGUGGAUGGAGUUAAGCAAGUAUUCUACAGACCUGAAAGCUGCUAUUGCAGAAACUCAAGAGCUUCGGGUGACCUCAAUGAGCACAGCUCUUCUAAUGGUGUUUGUUGAUUCUGCGAAACAACUUCCUGAAGCGCGUCCCGCCAAGAACCCCGACCCCUUCGUCAUCGUGUCCGUGGGCAAGAAGGAGGAGCGCACCACCAUGCAGUUCCGCAACCCCAACCCGGUGUGGGAGCAAGGCUUCACGUUCCUCGUCGGCAACCCCGAGCACGACACUGUUCACGUCAAGGUCGUGGACCAGAAGACGGAGAAGCUGCUGGGGCUGUUCAGCUACCCGCUGACCCAGCUCCUCAACGCCCCGGACAUGGAGCUGGAGAGCCAGCCGUUCCGCCUGGCGCAGUCGGGACCCGACACCAAGAUCUUCCUGUCCUUGCAACUGAGGAUUAUGAAGGCAGGGAAGACAGAGGGGGACUCAGCGUCUUUGGUAGCUACGGAGACUGAUGGAGCGGGAGUGACUGUCGCGGACAAAGAACUUGAACCGCUUCUUCCGGAGACUGGGAAAACAUUGCCUGGCACCCCAGGCGAGUCGACCCCGACCCCUGUCAGCAAGUUCCUCUCGAAGGAGUCCCUGCGGCAGGGCAGCUCGACCAGCCUGCCCAGCCUGCCGCUGGCGGAGGAGAGCGUCUCCGUGGGCGCCCCGGCGCCGACCGCCGAGCUCUCGCCGCUGCCGGCCGCCAGCGAGUUGCGCAACCGGACCACCAGCUCCACCUCCUCAGCUGGCGAGGCAGGACUCGGCAGGAUACAGCUCACUCUCCGUUACAGCAUCCAGCGACAAAGACUGAUUAUUGUCAUCCACAAAGUUGCCAAUUUGCCAUUGAAGGACCCGGCAUACAUCCCAGAUCCGUACGUGAAGCUGUAUCUCCUGCCUGAGAGGUCGAAGGAGUCCAAGAGGAAAACAGAGACGGUGAAGGACAACUGCAACCCAGUGUACGACCAGACCUUGGAGUACGUCAUGUCGCAGGGAGAGCUGAACUCCAAGCAGCUCGAGGUCUCCGUGGUCACCCGCAAGGGCUUCUUCUCGUCCGGCAGCCCCAUCAUGGGACAGGUGGUACUGAGCCUUGCAGACUACGACCUGACGAAAGCUAUCACCUCGUGGUUUGAUCUGCAGCCGGAAGUAGCCAGGGAAUAGCCCGAGCUCUGUCUCGGAACUGUGGCGCAAACUUGAACACGUGCGCUGCAUGCUGUAAAGCUGAACAUAUUGUUUUUCAUGUUGCUUAUGUUCUGCACACAACACGGGCACAAAUAUGUUGUGGAUGGCUUGUUAUAUUUUCACCACUCAUUUCCAUCUCUGUCUUUAUUUUUAAGCUCCUAUUGUUCAACUGACAUUUUGUAUGUUUUUAAUCUCAAUUUUUGUGUUUUCCAAAAAAGUCAAGAUGAUGAAACAAUAUGGUUAAAAAAUUUCAGUGGUCAGUAAAACUAUGUACAUAAGGUUUGAUUUGGCACUUGUUAUUUUUAAUUCAGUACUUUUUCAUUUUUCUUUUUGUUUUGUAUUACAGUAUCAGAUAUAAAUUGCAAAAGUUAUAAAAUGUUGUCGGAGAAACAAAUUGGCAUCUCAGCGGGUCUAUACAAUAGUGCAAUGUGUAAGACUCUCAAGCCACACAUGUUUUGGAAAAUUAAUUGUUAAUUACAGCUAAUUGUGAUAUUCUACGCUGGGUGUGUAUUCUCAUGAGUUACUAGAUGAUCUUGACUGACUUUGUUGUUAAAAUUAUGUUCUUUAUUAUAUAUUUAUAAUUUAUAUUUUUAAAUUGCAUGCUACUGAAGUUGUGUUUUUUUUUCCACUGCUUGUUUUUUUUUAAAUAGGCAAUAUUUGUAAUAUUUUAGUUGGUAUUAAUUUUUUUAUUAUUAAUUUUUAAAAGGAUUUGUGUCACUGUUAAACAAGUUGUCACUUUUUAGUCAUUAUUUUCAUUUUAAUUACAAGUUUAUAGAAUUUAAAUUUAUAUUGGUAAUAUUUGACACUUGCAGAUUUAUUGGAUAAUAUGUUAACACAAUUUUUUUAUGAUUAUAAAUUCAUGGUGUUCUAACUGCAGUUUGUUUAGAAAUAACAACACUGACAUCCUUACUUAACAAUGUUUGCAGAAUUUAAAGUACACUUGAUGUAUUCUCAUUUAACCUAAAAUUUUCAUAUUUUUCUUCCUACAAGCUUAUCUUUUGUUAAAUAAAGCUUGAACACCAUGAAUAUUAUUUAAUAUUACAGAAUAAAAAUCUAGAUACGUUCGUUUGUAGGCUUUUACAUGUUAAGGCCUGUUUCUACUAAAUAUCUGUACUGUAUUGUAUAUUCAAACAACAUGUAAUUUUCACUUUUUUUACAUUGUAAUGCCUUGUGUUUAUAGACAUGCAUUUAUCACCAUUUGAAUGGUAACUGAGUAGCAUUGGUUUUACCCAUUAAAAUGUCACUUACACCCCCUUUUUUAUUCCAGUUUAUUUUAGCUGGUUUCAACUACUAUAACAUUUAUAACAUGUCCAUACAUUAGGUAAUACUUUUUGGAAAUUUUUUAGUAAUAUUUUUCUAAUAUACCUUUUUUUCUUACAGCAUCUGUGAAAUCUUGAUGUAUCAGGCUUUGCUGUUGGGAGUAGACAUUUGAAACGAGUACUAAUUGAAUUUUCAAAUACUGUGAUUAAUCCUUCCUGAUGUGUACAUAACAAAUUUAAAAACUGCUUUGGUCAUAGCUUUUUUGCCACCUAAAGUGGAGUGUUUAUUGUGCAAAAAUUUAAUGACACUUUUCAAGAAACCUAGAAAAAAUUCUGCAAAAUAAGUUUAUUUUUAUUUUUGAGUUCAUAAGGAGUUGAAACAGGAUAUAUAAAGAUUUAGACAUAUUCCAAAUAUGUGUAGGUAGGCAGCUCACAGCAAUUACACGUGACCUGACGUGAUUAGCUGCUGGUAAUAAACUAUUUGUAUGCCACAGUACCACUGGCAUGACCCCAAACUAGGGAUGGGUCGGUAUCGGUUCUCGGUUCCUACGGUUCUCAGCAUUUUAACCGGCACCGAGAACCGCAGCUAAAAUGUCGGUGCCGGUUCCGGUACCGGCAGUGUAGCAAAACACUUUACGAAAAUAGUCCUUCACUACAACUUAACUGCAGCAUGAAAUGGCUCAACUCACGUUCAAUUCACUUAUGAAUUAUUUUUUUGGACUUCUGUGGAAUAAUAUUCAUCUCUAACUAUAAAAUAAAUUACACGUGAAAAUAUUUAAUGUUUUCGUCACUUCUGUAAACAAAGUACGUUAUACAAUCAAAACAUAACAGUUGAAGGUGCCAUAGAUGUUUGUAGUUCAUAGAUGUGUGCAACUCUAUAAUGUGCCUCAGCAGAGAUGUGAGAACAGAAAGACGCCAUGUUUGUUUCAAUUUGUUUUUAAAAAUAGGUAGUUAAUUGAGUCGUUGACACGUAAGUAAGGGUGACUGGUGUAUAAAAAACAAUUAAAAGUGCAAAAUUCCACAGAAUAUUUGUUUAAUAUAAUUAAUGAUUGAUUUAAAAUUUUCCGUAAUAAUUUUCGGCAUUCUAAAAUUUUAUGCUUUUUGUGCAGUGCUUUUAAGUUCACUGCAUCUGCAUCCAUCUAGCGUAAUGGCUAGUAACUUUCUCUUUUAGGUAAACGGGAUUGCUUUGGAGGGGGAAGUUUUUUUUUUUAGUAAAGUGGUGUAUGGAUGUGUAGAUGUAUUUUACUAUUGGCUGGUCAAACGAAAUGCUUAUUGACACUUCUAAAGUAAAAUUAUUCUGGCCAAAUAGAGCAAAUUGUGUAAGAAAUGGCAUCAGAAGUGUGGCAGUAAUUUACUGUUGACUGCAAACAAACUGAAUUCAAUGUAGGCAAUAAGUUUGAUGGACAAUUUAAUAUUUUAAUUCUUUCAAAGUUCACCCAUCAUUGUAUUUAUUUCCGUUAUUGUAACAUUUUUUUUAAUUCCUAUGUUUUAAAGGUGGGUGUAUGUAGAUUUCUUGAGGUAAUUACUAGAUUGAUAUAGUAAAUUUUAGUUUUAUGAAGUGUUUUCUAUAUUAUUUUGAAUUUAUUAUUUUAUUAAUACAUAUUACAUUCUUAAUAGGUUGGUGUGUUUACUGUAGCUUGAAACAGUGCUUUUUUUGUAGCCAAAACAAUAAAUAGUUUAUUACUUAAAACACCUUGUGAAUAAUAUUUAUUUUAUUGUUUAAGUCAGAACCGAGAACCGAUUUUUAAGAACCGGUACCGAACCGAGAACCGGGAAAAAACAGGAAUUGACCCAUCACUACCCCAAACUAUUCUCAAAUCUCAGUUAAGAAGUUUUCAAUGUAUGUUUCAGUUACUUUUAAAGUUUGGUUAACCUUGCUUGCCUGACUUGAACCGAGUGAUCAUUCUUUCUCAUGCCUUGUCUUGUCUUUGCAACAUCCUGAAGUUUUUACUGGGUGUUAAAAAAAAUAUGAUCACAAUCAAAUAAAUGUUGUUUAAGUGUUUUAAACUGCUUAACAUUAUUAGCUGGGGCAUCGCUCGUUACAAAAGGGCCUUUGCCACUUUGUUACCAGUUUCCAAAUUUUUCCUAACACUUUUGUUUGUAAUUUGAUUGUGGGAAGAGUAGGGUGGGAUGUACAGGGGGGUUUAUAUGUUUUAACAACCACCCCACCACUUCUUCCUUUUCACUUCCCAAUGAUUUACCCUAACUUAUUGUAUACUGAACCAUUUUACAUUGGACAUAUCAUGAAAAAAAAUUUAAUUGGUUGCAUUUAGCAUUGUAGCCAUACUACCGUAAUUUUGUUUCUAAUAUCUGUCAAACCAUUGCUAGAAACAGGUUCUUGUAAAUAGCUUGACAGAUGUUCAUCAGCGUCUUCCUUCAAUGACUGGCCAAGAGUACCUAACAUUUUUUGAUGUAGUUGCGGGAUUUAUUUUGAUGCCAUUGUGUUAGUAAGAAAAUAUAUUUGCUAGUGAAAGCUAAUUGCAUUAUUUUACUAGCACUUUUUUUUCAUUUGUAAACUGUGGUUACAUAUGUCAUUGAAACUAUUAAAUUGCUAUCAGAUCUGAGAACAUGCUAAAAUUUUUCCAUUUUUUUUUUGUUUUUAUUUACAUAUUCUAUGUUUUUUAAUUGCAUGUAUUAUUAUUAUUUUUUAAAGAAUUUUUUAUUUAGAAUAAACACAUUGUUCAUUGUUUUCAAUUCAUAAUUUGGGCAUUAUAAUAUUAUUGCAUGUUUUAAUUAUUGUGUGUACAUUAUAGUAAUGUUUUAAGUAUUAGUGAAAAAGUUAGCUGUUUGAUGCCUGAUAAUGGGGUAUCUUUCUAAUUCAAAGUUGAAAGAUUAUGUUAACUUUAAAUUUUACCAAACCAAAACUUGGUUUGUUCUUGCACAUGAAUUUUUUAUUUAUAUUUAUAAUACCUAGUCAUAGUUUGUAUGUAUAAAAUAAUAAACUGUGUAUUGUAUAUGGGCACUGUUAAAUAUUUCUAUAGUUUUUAGUACUAUUAUAUGAGAAGUAAAUGUAUAGUAUGGAAAACAGGGUGGUAGUAACCGUUGUUAUAAACCUUCAUUUUGCAAUUGUGCUUCAUAUUAAAUAGAAUAAUGUACAGUAUAUUGAAAGAAAAAUAAAGAUUUCAAAAGUAUAUAUAAUAAUAUUACUUUUUAAAUAAAAAGUUAAAACAUUUCAAAAAGUUAAUGGAAUGUCUUGUUAACAAGUAAUUACCUAUCUAAUUACGUAUGUUCAAUGAAUGAGUCAUGGAAAAUAAGAAGGGAAAAAAAAAAAAUCCAUUUAAACACAUCCCAGUUCUCACUGAACAGUUUAGUUUUUUCUAGUUUGGGUUUUACGUCUUUAUAUAUUAUUUUGAUUUGGUAUAAUUGACUUUUAAUAAAAUUACAUUUUUUUUUUCAUUUAUAUUAUAAUAUGAAAGUCUUCUUAAUCCAAUAUACAUAACUUAUGCAUUCACAGACUUUUUAAAUCAUUUGACAGUGCCCAUCACUACUACAAACAAUGCUAAACAUGUACAUAUAAAUUUUAACAAUCAAAUGUGCAUUUACCAAUGUGACUGAUACUGGUUUAUGGCAGUUCUAAUACUACUGCUUUGUGAUAAGUACAUUCACUACAAAUAUUUAUUAAGUACUGUUAUCUGCCUUUAUUUUAUUUUUUAGUUGUCUAACACUUUGCUGAUAUUUUCUUAAUACCUGCCUAGUGUACAUUCAUUCUCGUGGCCUUGAGAUGCUUUAUCUUAAAAAAAAUUCAGGAAUGUACUUUUUUUUUAAAAUUACAAAUAGAAUGUCAAAAAUAUGCUGCUUUUUCAACUGUACUGUUGCAUCAAAUAAAAAUAAAUUGAACAUAAAA